UUUGUUGUCUAUCACAUCUUGAGUCAUCUGAUCAAUCCGCUUGCCAGGGUAAGGCACCAGUUAGGACCAUAUAUUAGGCGCCGCGAACCACUUUCAUUCUUGGUGAUGUGACGGAAACCUAACUUUGGAAUCGAUUCGUCCUACACCUAGCCGCUGAUGGCAGAUUUGCAACUCCAAAUCCUAUCGGAUCUCCAUCUGGAGUCGCCGGCUGCCUACGAUAUGUUCAACAUCGACCCAAAGGCACCAUUCUUAGCACUGUUGGGUGAUGUUGGUUACGUCAAGGAUGAGGGGUUCUUUCUCUUUCUCCGCAAGCAACUAGCAAAAUUCCGGGUCGUCUUUUUGGUUCUAGGCAACCAUGAAGCCUACCAUAGCAGUUGGGCUGAGACAAAAUCCAACAUGCAACGUUUCAAAGAUACCAUGGACGCCUCCUCGGGAAAAGGUGAGGCGCUUGGAAAAUUCAUCCUGCUCGAUCGAACGCGCUAUGACAUCUCACCGACCGUCACCAUUCUUGGCUGCACUUUAUUCUCACAAGUCGCUCCAGAACAAAAGGAAAGCGUUAGUUUCGGCUUGAACGACUUUUACCACAUUCGCGAUUGGUCGGUAGAAACACAUCAAGCAGAACACCUUGUGGACCUUGCGUGGUUAAAUAAAGAAAUUGUGUCGAUUUCCAGCUUCGAACCCGGGCGCAAAGUCAUUGUUUUGACUCAUUUUUGUCCUUCGACCCACCAAAAUGUUAUCGAUCCCAAGCAUACGAAUAGUAAACUUUCUUCUGGAUUUAUGACCGAUUUAUCGAGCGAGCCAUGCUGGCAGCAGAAAAUCGUUGCCCUCUGGGGUUUUGGACACACACAUCUCAACUGUGACUUCCGAGAUCCAGCGACUGGGAAGAGAGUGAUAUCAAACCAGAGAGGCUAUUACUUCUCUCAGUCAGUUGGUUUUGAUAGUGGAAAAGUUGUCGGAGUCUGAACUAAGAGGAGGGUGGCCAUAGAUACCAAAUGUGAGCUUCUA